AUGAGGAUAGUAGGACUGACAGGUGGAAUUGCGUCCGGGAGAGCACCGUCUCAAAUCUCUUCAAGGCCCAUGACUUUCCCGUCGUUGACGCAGAUCUUGUUGCUCGUUUCAUUGACAGAGGAUAUUUCAGGAUGUAUUAAAGAAGGGCAAAACUGGGUGGAAAAAGGACAUGACCCUUGGGUUAAAGACAUAUUCAAUUGGGGGGUGACAACUCUUCGAACUAAGGAAUACAUUGUUUGGGGUGAUAACUCUUCAAGACCAAGGGAUGUAUUGUUUGCCUUUUCAGAUUGGGAUACCUUUUUGGAAAGGUGCUUCUUUCAUAAGGAGGAGAGUCGUUGUAUCCUGGGAGGCGAACGCUAG